AUGUCGAGCGAGGAGAGCUACCGGGCCAUCCUUCGCUACCUGACGAACGAGCGAGAGCCGUACGCGCCGGGCACCGAAGGCAACGCCAAACGCAAGAUCCGCAAGGCGGCCGCCUGCUAUGUGGUGCGCGGCGGGACCCUCUACUACCAGCGGCGGCAGCGCCAUCGCCAGCGCUUUGCCGAGCUCGAGGUGGUGCUGCAGCCCGAGAGGCGUCGGGGACUCAUCGAGGCGGCGCACCUGGGGCCAGACGGCACCCACCACACCCGGCACCAGACGUGGCACGACCUGUCCAAGAACUACUGGUGGCGAGGUAUUUUAAAGCAAGUAAAAGAUUAUAUUAAAGAGUGUAGCAAAUGUCAGGAAAAACUGGAUCGAGCCCGUCCAAUAUCAGAUACUUCUGAAAUGUUAGAAGAAUUGGGAUUAGAACUAGAAUCUACUGAAGAGAGUAAUGAAACAGAUGAUGACCAAAGCAAUCCUGCAUCUGUUCCAAAUGCAGUGCCCAAAACUGUGAAAAAGAAGCCAAUAUCCAAACAUGAACUUGUAUUCGUUGACACUAAAGGUGUUGUGAAACAGUCUUCACCCAAACAUUGUCGAGCAGUCUUAAAACAGCUGAAUCAGCAGAGACUUAACAAUCAGUUCUGUGAUGUUACUUUGUUAAUUGAGGGAGAAGAAUACAGAGCUCAUAAAUCUGUUUUGUCAGCUAAUAGCGAGUAUUUCCGAGACCUUUUUAUAGAAAAGGGAGCUGUUUCCAGUCAUGAAGCUGUGGUGGAUCUGUCAGGAUUUUGUAAGUCAAGUUUCCUUCCCUUGCUGGAGUUUGCUUAUACCUCGGUGCUAAGUUUUGAUUUUUGUAGCAUGGCAGAUGUUGCCAUCUUGGCCCGCCAUCUUUUCAUGUCUGAAGUCUUAGAAAUCUGUGAAAGUGUACAUAAACUAAUGGAAGAAAAGCAGAUUACUGUAUACAAAAAAGUUGAAGUACAAACAGUUGAAUCUACUCAAAAUCUACCAGAGCAGAAUGAAGGUACAGCACAAACUGUGGACAACAUUGAAGAAGUUGUACCCCCAGAACUUGAAACCAGUGCAUUUGUGGCCCCAGUAAAUGGAGAAUUUCCAGGUAAUGGACAGGAAGGUGAGACUACACCACAAGUAGAACCUCAGGUUUGUUCAGAGUCUCAGUCUGUUUUAGUACAAACAAAAAAUACAACUCACUCCCAAUCUACAGUUAAGAAUGAAACAGUGACAAACAGCGACAUGAUAAUUCUUGAAAUAGAAACUUCAGAAACCAAAAAAGAUGACAAAGUUUCCAGUGCCCUUUCCACGCCUUCUGUAGUAGAAGAUGGGAACACGAGUACUCCAGCGGACAAAGAGAUGGAAAAUGAUGAGGACAACAAAUCAUUUGAAGAAACCUGUGCUGAAGACAUCACAGAAGAGCAUAAGCAAAAACGUAGCCGACAAACUCAAGUUCAGGGAAGCCCUGUUAUACAACCAGAAAAGGCAGCCCUUAGCCCUGAUGACACUUACAAAAGCAGGCUCCGUCAGCGCUCGGUCAGUGAAGGUGGAUAUAUACGACUACACAAAGGAAUAGAGAAAAAGCUUCAGAAUAGGAAAGCCAAUCCUAAGUCUGCAGUUCAGCAGGUUGCCUUAAAAUUAGUUCAAAGGGGGAAAAAAAUGAAGCAGCCCAAAAGAGAGACCAAUGAGAACACAGAAGAAGAAACAGUACAUAGAUGUAGUGAAUGCGGAAUGGAUUUUCAGCGGCGCUAUGCACUUAUCAUGCACACAUUGAAACAUGAAAGAACUAAAGAUUACAAAUGCCCGUUGUGUAAAAAAGAAUUUCAGUAUAGUGCUUCUUUACGAGCACACCUCAUUCGACAUACCCGAAAAAGUGAUGUGCCUACUUCCUCUACUACUGAAGAAGAAUCAGGAACAUCAACUGAAAAGGGUAGAACCAAGAGAGAGUUUAUAUGUUCUAUAUGUGGAAGGACAUUGCCCAAAUUAUAUUCUCUCAGAAUACACAUGUUGAAGCACACAGGUGUCAAGCCACACGCGUGCCAGGUCUGUGGAAAAGCUUUCAUUUACAAGCAUGGCUUAAAAUUACACCUGGCUCUCCAUGAAGCACAGAAACAGUUCCAGUGUGAACUCUGCGUUAAGUCUUUUGUCACCAAGCGUAGUCUUCAGGAACACAUGAGCAUUCAUACAGGAGAGUCAAAAUACCUUUGCUCAAUCUGUGGAAAGUCUUUUCAUAGGGGCUCUGGACUCAGCAAACACCUAAAGAAACAUCAGCCAAAGCCUGAGGUUCGAGGUUAUCGGUGUACUCAAUGUGAAAAAAGUUUCUUUGAAGCUCGAGAUCUCCGCCAGCACAUGAACAAACAUCUUGGUGUGAAGCCAUUCCAGUGCCAGUUUUGUGAAAAGUGCUAUAGUUGGAAGAAAGAUUGGUAUUCCCAUGUAAAGUCUCAUUCUGUUACAGAGCCUUAUAGGUGCAAUGUAUGUGGAAAGGAGUUCUAUGAAAAGGCCUUAUAUAGAAGACAUGUAAAGAAAGCUACUCAUGGGAAGAAAGGAAGAGCAAAACAAAAUCUGGAACGUGUGUGUGAGCAGUGUGGAAGAAAAUUCACUCAGCUGCGGGAAUAUAGAAGACACAUGAACAACCAUGAAGGAGUUAAGCCAUUUGAAUGCUUAACGUGUGGGGUUGCUUGGGCUGAUGCACGUUCCUUGAAACGCCAUGUAAGAACACACACAGGUGAACGGCCCUAUGUCUGUCCUGUAUGCAAUGAAGCUUAUAUCGAUGCUCGGACACUCCGGAAACACAUGACCAAAUUCCACAGGGAUUAUGUGCCUUGUAAGAUUAUGCUGGAGAAAGAUACCCUUCAGUUCCAUAACCAGGGAACUCAAGUGGAGCAUGCCUUCAGCAUUUUAACCUCAGGCAUGCAAGAACAAGAAAGCAGUGGUCCUCAAGAAAUUGAGACUGUUGUAGUGACCGGAGAAACCAUUGAAGCUAUUGAAGCUGUUGCAGCUACCGAGGAGUGUGCAUCGGUGUCAACUCUUUCUGACCAAAGUAUUAUGCAAGUAGUUAAUUAUGUAUUGGCACAACAGCAAGGACAGAAGAUAUCUGAAGUAACAGAAGCUAUUGAAACAGUGGAAGUUGAAGUGGCGCAUGUUUCAGAACCAGAGUGAGUGCAGUAAUGGAGCUAAAAGAAACUUUGGUGAUGAUGACCCUUCCUGUGCCAUAAACUUGCACAUAUUUACAAUAUAUGACUUAUAGCUCACAGAGUCCCUAUUUCAAGGUUUUGCUGCUUGAUGACACACUAUCUGCAUUGCUAAAC